AUGAAUCAACAAUCAUCAUAUACAUCUUCACCAAUGCUCUACUACUAUUCACCAUCGAAUUUAUGUUCCAAUUCUAUUCCACCAUCACCACCAUCGACUCCACUCUCGAUCGUACAACAUUAUAGUGGAAAUAAUAGUGAUAUGGUAUAUUUAGAAGGACCAAAAGAUACAUUUUAUGAAGGUGGAGUUUUCCAAUUGUUAUUGACGUUUCCAAAGGACUAUCCAAUGAGUCCACCGUCACUGAGAUUCCUUUCAGAGUUUUGGCAUCCAAAUGUCUAUCAAAAAGAGGGCAAAGUCUGUAUCAGUAUUUUACAUCCACCUGGCGAGGAUGCACUGUCCGGUGAGCUACCUCAAGAGCGUUGGCUACCAACACAAACAGUUUCGACAAUCAUUCUCAGUGUCAUGUCGAUUCUCAGUGAUCCAAAUUGCUCUUCGCCAGCCAAUGUCGACGCCAGUGUCGAAUGGAGACAGAACCGUGAUGCCUACAAGAAGCGUUGUGCCAAGCUCGUCGAGAAGGCAAACGCAUCCAAGCCAGCACACAUUGUCAUUCCACAUCCCGACACCAACCCCGAGGAGCACAAACGUUCAGUUGAGAAGAUAAAAAUGGCAGAGCGUGGUAUGGAUAUAGAUUAUUUCGAGAUGGAUGAAGAUGAUUAUAACAACUAUGACGAAGACGACGAUGAUGAUGAUGAAGAUGAUGAGAAUGUAGAUGAAGAUGGUGAUGACGAUGACGAUGAAGACGGUGUAGAUGAUGAUGAAGAAGAAGAUGAUGACAAUGAUAAUAACGCCAAUGAAUCAACAAAUGUAAAUACAACAAAUAAUAACAGUAGCAGCAACAACAACAACAAUAGUAGUAUCAAUAAUGAAUCAAAUCAAAAUACAACCAUUACAAAUAAUGCGCGCACCAACAUUAUUAUUCAACAAGAUAAUGAAAACACAACACCGCCUUGUAUUGAAAGUUAUAACCUCUCACCAACUGUAUCUACCUCGCCAUCAUCAAUCGAAAAUAGUAUAGUCUCAGAAAACAAUAACAACAGUAACACCGAACAAUCAACAACAACCACAACAACAACUACAACAACAUCGACAUUGAAUAACAAUAAUCUUAACAAUAACAAUGAAUUAAAUGAAAACAACAUUAUUUUAUCAUAA